GAGGCUAUCGACAAGCCGGCGCCCCCGGAUGACGAGGCUGUCGACAAGCCGGUGCCGGACGACGAGAUGGGCGUGGGCCUGGGGCGCGGGGAGAAGCGCAGAGGCCUGUCGCUUGCCCAGCUGGACAGAGCCAUGCGCGAUCCGGAGCGUCUGGAUCGGGGUUCUAUCAAGAAGCCUCGUACCUUCCAGGGCUACGUGGAGGAGGAGUUCCGCGUCAUGGAGGAUGCCCUCCACGAGGUGUUCUUCACCAGCGACUACAAGCCGGACCUGGCUGUCGCCUACGAGUGGCGUCGCACCGACUACGGCAUCAAGAAGUUCAUCACCACGGACAAGCGUGGCCCUCGCUGGUCCAUGGUGCUUCGCCGCAUCACCAGAGACAUCAAGACAGGCAUCGUGAUAGAUGACAUCGACGUCAGAGGCCUUGCUCUUCGCGAUGCUCGCCUUCGUCGGCCUCUGCCUGGUGGCAUCACCGCGGUCGAGACCAUCUUCGUUCACACCGACGAGGACGUGGGCACGAACGACACCGUCGAGUUCGCCUAUCUCACCAAGGGUGCGGUCCGCUCCGAGAUCAGACUUCAAGAUCUCGCCCCAGAGCAGAGGAAGGAGUUCGACCAAGCUAUGGACUUUAGCCAGGCCAAGGAGCUCCUCGACAGGGGUGCCUCCCCAGUUGGGACGCGCUGGGUCCACACGGACAAGAACGCUAAGAAGCGCAACCCCAAGCAGACCUACGACGACAUCCCGCUCGCUGCCAAGAGUCGGCUCGUCGCGCAGGGCUGCCAGGAACGAGGAGAUCACAUCCGAGGCGACGCUCCUACUGCUAGCCUUUUGGCUUUCCACCUGCAGGGUUGGCGCGAGUCCAUUUACGAGCCCUGUCUGUUCAUGCUCAGGGACAGCAAGGGCAAGCUCAACGGCUUGCUGUGCACGCACGUCGACGACCUCUUCGUCACGGGCGCGGGCGAGCAGUUCGAGCGCGCGAUGGAGAUCAUUAAGGACAAGAUUCGCCUUUCCUUCCAGUCCGACACGUUCAGGUACUGCGGCAAGGUUGUGGAGCAGGACAACGAGACUUUCGACAUCAAGAUCGGACAGGCCGCCACGGUCGAGGCGCUGGAGUACAUCACCCUCGAGCCACACCGCCGGCGCAAGCCCAAUGCGCCACUCGCCCCGGAUGAGAUCUCUGCCCUUCGUAGCGGCGUUCGGUCGCUUGGCUGGGUAGCACGGCAGACGCGCCCCGACUUGGCCGUCCACGCUUCACUUGGGGCUCAGGCCAUGAGUGGCCCCAAGAUCCGUGACAUUGUUGCAGUGAAUCGUGCCAUCAAGAUGGCCAAGGACGACGUCGACUUCAACAGCCACGGCAACAUCGACGGCCUGACGCUAGGAGAGAAGGUCAAGUCGCAGUGCGGCUAUUUCAUCGGCAUGGCGUCGCCCGACCUCGAGACGGACGCCACCGCGAUCAUACAUCCACUGGAAUGGGCUAGCGCGACGAUCAAGCGAGUGGUUCGUGGAUCGCUAGCGGCUGAAUGCAACGGUUUCUUGACGACGGCCGAGAGUGCGGAGUUCCUCAAGCACGUGAUCGCUGAGAUCUCCGACCCAGGCUACUCUUCCUACCAGUUCGACCCGUCUUUCGAUGGCAAGCAUCUGCUACUGCUGACAGACGCGAAUGGCCUUGUCACCUCCCUGGAGAAGGAUGGUGGUCAGCCAGCUGACAAGAGGGCGCGGAUCCUGAUGGCCCAGAUCCGACAGCUACUCGGCCAUGGCGCGCUGAAGCAAGAGCGAGAAAGUGACGACUGGAGGAUACGAGUUAGAUGGAUCGACACGAAGUUGAUGAUCGCGGACGCUCUGACAAAGGCCGAGGCUGAGAGGAGUUUCCUGCUAGGGCGGCUGUCUGAGGGCCGCUGGUGUUUAGCGCAGACGAAGGAGAUGCUCGCUGCUAAGGCAGCGGCAGGCGAGGCGCGCCGAGCCCGCAAG